AUGUCAACAGCAAGUACAAAAUCCGGUAGCAAACAAAAGGUCUGCGCGAAACAAUUGGGGGCCCCACACUCUGUCAACGUGUGUAUCAUUCGAAACCAAUUAAACAUGAAAGCAGGUGUCCCUAGAAUCUGUUGGAAAGCAUAUGUUUGCUUCCGGAGGAACAGAAACUGUCUCCUUGGCGAGCUUUCGUUCAAAUUCCUUCAACUGGGCCAUGAAUUUCGAAUUUCUGUGCGAACGUCUUGCAGUAACUUGAUGGUGAUGGCGGAAACCGUUCCACAGCUGAAGGAUUUGGACAGCAACAGCGAAAACAUCGUUAGUCCGUCGGAUAUUUUGCCCUGUGGUACGAUGAAAUUUCCCGACGGGGGUACAUACGUUGGCGAGUACAAGCUUGUGGAGAAGGACCAAAUCCCUGAAUACGUAUAUCACGGAAAGGGCAGCUACACAAGGGGAGGCUACAGCUGCUCCGGGGAAUGGCGGGAGGGGCAGUUUGCAAGAGGAACAAUAAAGUUUGAGGGCGGAGACACGUUCGACGGGCAGGUGUUUAACGGACUCUUCCACGGUUGGGGCCGCUACACUUGGGCGGAUGGUGAACAGUCCUACGAAGGAACGUGGAGUCAUGGUCUCAUGGCAGGGACAGGAACGUUGUGCGUCAAGGCGCCUGUGCCUCUGAGGCUCCGUCUUAAUGAGGUAUCUGAGGCAUCAAAAAUGUCUUCGCGGCCAUGCCAAGUUGUCACAGGCUGCUUUCGUCGAGGCAGAUUUCACGAGGCUCCAGGCGUCCAAAUGGUUAACCUGGCCGAAUUCACGAAAACGUAUGUAGCCGAAUGGCGGGAAGUAGCCAUAAAUACUCUACGUGACUUGGACACAGCCCUCAAGCAAGGACUAGAUAUAUCUGGCUACAUAGCCGGCAUUGGGACAGGGUCAUUGGCGGCAGUGGCGUCUGUUUCAGGUGCCGGGACCUCGAAAGGCGUCACGAAACUAACGUCCGAAGGAAAUGCAUCUGUUGAACCAGACUCUCGUGCGAGAGGUGCGAAGAAAACGAAUACCCGAACCACGACCAGAGGCCUUCCUGGCAAGCAGGGAUCCUCCACCAUCGCGGGCUUUGAAGCCAAACAGCGAGCCUGCUGGGCCUCGGGCGAAUUCGGCGCUGAGAAAUUUGUCGCACCUCCUUACCCACAGGUAUCCGAUUUUCACGCUGAAGGGAUUUCUCGUUUAAUGGGCGUCGUGUGUGGCGACAUCAGUGGCAGUCCUGCAGUACCAUGUGAGGUGCGCGUCCCACUGUCAGAUGCCGAACUGGGUCAGCUCGUGACAGUGGAUCCAUCACGAGUUUCUAACGAAGGACGAAAAUUUGGCCGUGGCUCUGGACAGAUUAUAGAAGUGACAGCGCGCAUGGAUGGGUCAAAUUCAUUGUUAGCGUCAAUCGCUAUGGUAAACUGCAACCAUCUCACAUCAGUUUCUGCUGCGGCAAGUUUCCAAAUCAUAGGACUCUCUUUGCCCUCUCUACAGCAACUGCGCAGGUUAAAGUAA